AUGCCUGCCGAUAUCAGGAACUUUUUUGGCGGCAAGUCGAGCCAAGGCUCCGCUGCGUCUCCUGCGAAGCCAGCCCCGAAGAAAGAGCAGCAAUCUUCCACCGACAGAAAAAAACGCAGCAGGAAGGUUGUCGAUGAUAGCGAUGACGAAGAGGAUACUACGGUAGAAAAGGCGCCAGCUCCGAAGCCCAAAGCUACCAGUAAACCAACAUCCGCGCCUCCAAAGGGUGAACCAACAUCCACGUCGGAUUACUUCGCUUCUAGUAAGAAGAAAGGCAGGCCUGCGAAGAACACCACAACAUCGGCAAAAGAGCCUGAGCCGCCCACCGAUGGCGAUAAGGCCGGAAAGGGCGCAAAGACGAGCAAAGAGGCUAAUGGGAAGGAGCCACCAAAGCGACAGACCCGACGGGGGAAGACUAUUGCCGAUGAUGAGGGGCUUGGCAAAGACGAUAUCUUUGCAUCGGAAUACCAGAAGCCCGGAAAAGGUGACGACUAUUAUGUUGAAGAAGACCCCAGUGACGGGGAAAGCGACUUUGAGGAGCUUGCCGUCAGGCCAGCAAGGUCAGCGUCGACUCGGAAGAAGAAAGAAACCGCCGCAUCGGAUGAUGAUGUUGUGAUGGAGGACCUACCCUCGAAAUCCACGAAAUCGGCAGCCGCAAAACCGACUCGGAAGAGGAAGUCGGAGGCUAUCGACAAGGAGGAUGCUGAGUUUGAAACCAGCCCCAAGACGAGCGCCCCGCCAUCGAAGGCUAAGAAACCAAGGGCGCCUCCCCAAAGUGCGCGCCCAGAAAGCAAAGAGGUCCAAGAUAUUCUCGACAGUAUUCCUACAGUCCGGCCACCCUCACCGCCACCGAAGAAUCCGGAUGGGAAGAAGUUCAAUUUCGCUGCUCAGAAAGGACGAGAUCCUCCCGCAUCGGGCGGUGGUGAAUUGCCUGUAGGGGCGGAGAAUUGCCUUGCAGGAAUGUCGUUCGUUUUUACCGGUGUCUUGGACACACUGGGCCGUGACGAGGGACAAAAUUUGGUCAAAAAGUACGGCGGAAAAGUCACCGGGGCUCCGAGCUCGAAAACAAGUUAUGUUGUUUUAGGGGACGAUGCCGGGCCGUCCAAACUCAGAACCAUCAGGGAGAAAAACCUGAAGACGAUCAACGAACAAGGUUUAUUCGACCUCAUCCGGCGACUCCCAGCGAACGGUGGAGAUGGGAAGGCAGCUGCCCAGUACGAGGCGAAAAAGAAAGCGGACGAGGAGAAGAUUCGAGCCAUGGCUGCCGAGAUUGAAAAGGAGGAGAAACGCAAAGAAGCGGCCAAACGCAGCUCGGAUGCAGCAAAAUCCUCCCAGACGCCGUCUUCAUCGCAGGUUUCCAAGGUUGACGACCGUUUAUGGACCGAGAAAUAUGCGCCUUCGUCGAUGAGUAUGAUAUGCGGGAACAAAGGGCAGGUUGAGAAGCUACAGGUAUGGCUUCGCGACUGGCGGAAGAAUGCUAAAUUCGGCUUCAAGAGGCCAGGGAAGGAUGGAACUGGCAUAUAUCGCGCUGUCAUGAUCCACGGACCCCCUGGAAUUGGCAAAACCACCGCUGCCCAUUUAGUCGCCAGGCUGGAGGGAUUCGACGUUGUCGAGGCCAAUGCCAGUGACACACGGAGCAAAAAACUUGUGGAAACCGGUCUUCUUGGCGUCCUAGACACCACGUCCCUGCAAGGAUAUUUCUCAGGUGCUGGUGAGAAGGUACAGAGCGAACGGAAGAAUUUGGUUCUGGUCAUGGACGAAGUCGAUGGAAUGUCCGCGGGAGACCGUGGUGGCGUGGGUGCGUUAGCAGCCGUCGCAAAGAAAACCAGCAUACCGAUCAUACUCAUCUGCAACGAACGACGGCUUCCAAAGAUGAAGCCGUUCGAUCGGAUCACCUACGAUCUCCCGUUUAGACGACCGACGGCAGAUCAGAUCCGAGCUCGGCUUUCGACGAUCUGCUUCCGAGAAGGACUGAAGAUCCCGCCCCCGAUCCUUGACAGUUUGAUUGAAGGGACGCAUGCCGAUAUCCGACAAGUUAUCAACAUGCUAUCAACUGUCAAGAUAGACCAAACAAACCUAAGCUUUGAGCAAGGACAGGCGAUGUCCAAGGCUUGGGAAAAGAAUAUCAUCUUGAAGCCCUGGGAUAUUGCCGGCAAGAUUCUGAGCGCGCACAUGUUCUCGCCGAGCUCCAAGACCACCCUGAAUGAGAAGAUCGAACUGUAUUUCAAUGACCACGAGUUCAGCUAUCUGAUGCUUCAGGAGAACUACUUAAAGACAAGGCCAACCUUGGCGGGCAACUACCAUGGUCGAGAGCAGAAACUGAAGUUGCUCGAAUUGGCCGACAAUGCUGCUUCUAGCAUUAGUGACGGCGACCUUGUCGACCGUAUGAUCCAUGGAUCACAGCAGCAGUGGAGUCUGAUGCCUACCCACGCUGUCUUUAGUUUCGUGCGGCCUGCCAGUUACACCUACGGUAAUCUGACCGAUCGAACGUCCUUCACCAGCUGGCUGGGCCAGAACAGCAAACAAGGAAAACUCUGGCGCUAUGUGAAGGAAAUCCAAUCCCACAUGCGCCUCCGCGCUUCUGGCGAUCGUUACGAGAUUCGACAGCAGUAUAUUCCUACUCUGUGGGACCAGAUGGUCCGGCGCUUGAUGGACGAAGGAAAGGACGGCGUUGACGAUGUGAUCGACUUCAUGGACAGUUAUUUCCUGACCCGCGAAGAUUGGGACGCGCUGGUAGAGCUCGGACUUGGUCCGAUGGACGAAUCCAAGGUCAAGCUGGACACGCAAACCAAGGCUACAUUCACACGACUCUACAACCAACGAUCGCAUCCGGUUCCUUUCAUGAAGGCCAGCAGUGUCAUUGCGCCGAAGAACGUACCCAAGGAGAAACCGGAUAUCGAGGAUGCCCUCGAGGAAUCCGACGAUGCAGAGGUCUUGGAGGACGACACCAAGGAAGAUGAGGGUGAGGAACUCGACUUAAAGAAGGACAAAUAUGUCCGCGUGCCCAAGAAGUCAGCGAAGGGCGGGAGUAGCAAAGCCAAGGGAUCGAAGAAGGGGAAGAAGGCAGACGACGAUGACUUUAUUGAUGACGAUGAGAAACCGAAGAAGAAGGGCCGAAAGCCUAAGGCGAAGGGUGCAUAGGGGUGACUGUUUCUUAUAUUUGUCUGCUCUUCUCCCUUUUCUGAUGAGAUAUUUUGUGGAUUGGCACAGCCUAACUGUAUUUUUUUGUCUUGAGUACAAUGGGAUUACGCCCUCGUGUAUUGGUAUUGGGUGUCGAGAUAUU